AUGGAACAGACAGAGGCUACUUUCACGGCUUCAACGGUUGAAAAUGCGAACUCCUUGAAGAGGAAGUCUGAUGAUAUUGGUUGGGAAUAUGGAAAACUCGUCGAUCCAAACAACAAGGAUAGAGUCAUGUGUAACUUUUGCAAGAAUGUAAACACAGGAGGAAUUAACCGUUUCAAGAAACACAUUGCUCAGGUUGGUGGUGGGGUUGCCAAGUGUAAGAGUUGCCUAAAUGAAGCUAAAUUGGCAUGCUUGAAAUGGUUGGAAGGAACAGAAAAGAAGAAGCAGGAUAAGGUUGUUCGUGAGCUAGGUUUGAGAAGUGAUGUUAAUGUCUCUUCCGGUGGACAACAGGAAGAAGACCUUACUUGUGCAGCUGUUGCAUUCAAUGCCAUUGAGAAUGAUGAGUUCAAGCAAAUGGCAAAGAGAGAGAUAAAGGAGACGUUUAAGAAUGAAGAACUUCGUUACAAAGAAGUCAUUGCUAUUGUGGAGAAGAAGAUGAGAGGCAGACUUGAUGAUCCAUUGCAUCUAACGACAUAUCUUCUCAAUCCUCACUACAGCUAUGCCGACUCCUCAAUAUUUGACAAUGCCGACAUUACAACAACAUUGAUCACUUGUGUUGACCAAUUCUACCAUGGUUGUGAUGAAUAUAUACAUGAUGAGGUGAUGAACAUUGAGUUCACAAAAUUUCAAAGGAAACAAGGACUCUUUGGAAAAAAGAUGGCAAAGAAUUGUGUAAACUUUGACUACAAUCCUGGUUAG